AUGGAAGGAAUCGACACACUGGCCACCCAGAAAUCAUGGGCGCAAGGAUCCCUCCAGAAACCCUUCACGUCCAUUGUCACCCUGUACAUGCACGAGCAACUCGCGCUGGAGCAUGCCGUGCGCGAACUCACCGGCGUGAUCAACAAUAUCUACUAUGGAAAUGGCAACGUUGACGACUACCUCCUGGACCUCUGGCUCACCAUCCUGCACACCUCCAAAAAGCUGCCUCGCCCGACCACCUCUCCUCCCGACCUGCCCACUCCGUCGCAGUCGCGCCUCCUGACCCUUCUCUCGACCCUGCGCCAACAACCCAACCCCAUCCCGCGGCCGCAGAUCGACACCCAGAAUCCCAUCCCCGAUGAUCCCUUUAAACAACAACAACCCUCUAAACGAAUCACCUGGACCGAUCUGCCUCAGUUCAUGGAAGGCGUCAAGCUCGCACUGCACGACGAGCCGGGCCGCGCGUCGGGGUUCUCGGAGCUCGAGGCCUGGGCCUGGGAGGACCUGGUGGCGUUUCUGGCGCUGUGCGCAAGGGACCAGAUCGGCGGUCUGGAUGCCGUGGCUGUGAGGAUGCUGAAGGGCGCGUUGGAAGAGGAAGCGGCGGCGGCGGCGGCGGCCAAGGAGAGGGAAAAGGGCCAGAUCGCCGAGGCCGUCAAGUUGAAUGUGUACGUGGCGGCGGCGGCGCUCUGGGCCGUCAUCAUGGGCGAGGAGCUGUGGGAGCGACAGGGGCAGACGGUGGAAUCGCCCGUGGGCCUUUCGCUGGAGCCGGUGCCCGAGAUCCCCGCGGGGAAGAUCUCGAAGCCGCGGUGGCGCAUGUGGAUCGAUCGGUUCCAGUUCAUGAGUCUGCGUGAAGAUCUGCGCAUGUCGACGCGUGAGUUGGCGGCGGAAGCGGCCGCCGUGAUGUUGCGAGUGGUCUGAAGGGUUUUGUUUCUUUUCUUGUCGUCUUUUCUUUGUGUAUACCCAGAUCAUAAGCAAUGGAUAGGUGAAUGUAUCAAUCUC